GUUUACUUUCUUUACAUAGACGGCAACACUGAACCUGGAUCUCAGACAGCUAUAUUGUUAUACAGAGACUAUUUAAUUAAUUCACCGUGUCAUAGGGUUGAAACGCUGCGUUUAAAUGUCAAUGUACUUCAUCACAAUAUCUUGUCUAUGUGAGUUAUCGACACACUUAACAUUUCUUCUCUCCAACUAAGAGCAAACCCUGCCCCCUUCUGGUGAAAUACAGGCAACAACAAAAACACAACAUUGAUUUGAGGAGCGUUUAUUGCAUGAAUAAAACCGACCCAAUUAGGCCUCAUAUGAGUUAUAAAUGAGAAAACUAAGUGUGUGUUUAGCCUAUAACCUACCACGAGGAAGCCGUCCAUUAAAAAAAAAACAUUAUCACUAUUCACUUUGAGGUGAAAAAACAUUUUUAUGAGUCUUGAAAUCUGUCAGCACCAUUUACUGCCAUGGCUCAGAGGCGCUCAAACCCAAGCCGUGCAGUCUCACAUAAGAGCAGUUUGACCGAUUUGCACAUCGCGUGCGAACUAACCGCUUCUCGUGACAGCGGGACAGAUGCUUCUCAGGCAAAUGCUGCCUUCACUGCAGGAAGUAUAAGAGCAGCACGGCGCAUGCUCGUGUACCUCUCUGACAAGCGGAGGAUGAAUUGUCCCCUGUUGUAAAACGCUCAGUGAGGAGGGGUGAUGGCGGGUGCUGAGGUCACUGUGUCUUCAGGGGAUCUCAUGAUGGUGAAGGAAGAGGAGGGGGAGUCCAGUGGCAACAACCAUAAGACUCAAGUCAUCCUGCACCUGCAGCCCAUCUUGCACGGGGUAAAUGAUGACAGUGUUGACACCAGCACUACAGUCUUGGCCAUAGAGACUCACCAUGAUGACAGUAAAGCAGAAGGAGAGGAGGUCGAGUAUGGCUACCCCAUCACCUGUGGAGCAAGCAGAGCUGUGUUACUGUUUAAGAAGUUUGUGUGUCCCGGAAUCAACGUUAGAUGUGUCAAAUUUAAUGACCAACUCAUCAGUCCAAAGCAGUUUGUUAACUUGGCAGGAAAAGCCACCCUGAAGGACUGGAAAAGGGCCAUCAGACUGGGAGGGGUUAUGCUCAGAAAAAUGAUGGACUCCGGCCAGAUAGAUUUCUACCAGCAUGAGACCGUGUGCAGCAACACCUGCCGCAGCACUAAAUUUGAUGUGCUGAUCAACAGCACGCGGCUUCCUCCAGGGACGUCAGUGCAGCCGAGCCCAUCGUGUCUGGCUCUUGACCCUCUUGGAGGACAGGUGCCUCCCCUGACAGGAGAGGUUGUACAUGAUGCAGCAGAGGUAGAGGAGCCCUUGGAAGAUAAGUUUAGUACAACAGCAGAGUGGAGCCCUGGUCCAGCCCGGCCCACAGCAGCCAAUGGACAUGCUGCAAAGAGAAAGAGGGCUGACACACCUGAUGGAAUACUGAGCCUGUGGAAGGGUGUGUCGGACUCUGGGCUGAUGGGAGAGGUCCUGUCCAGUCUCCAGACUGAAUUAUUAGCCACUCUUAAAGGAGUGGAGGUUCGCAGCGAGAAGGCCAACCUGCAGGAGACAGAUGCCAUCAUACUUAAUUCCCUGUGUGAGAUGUUUGGGAUUUUAGACUCAGUGAAGCAAGCUCUGGACCAGAAGCGCAUCCAGGAUGAAGAGAAUAAAAUCCAUGAUGGUGUUCAUGAGUUGGAUGAGAUCUUUGAGGAACGGAGGAAGCAGGCUUGUGUUAAAAAUGCCUCCCAUAAACACGCAUCCCUGAAACACUUUCGACCUCAACGUCACAACCCGUCAAACAGCCAAACUCAAAACUUGCUGUCACCUGUCAUCACCAGCCCUGUGAUCCAGCCUCGGUCUGUUUUGGGUUUAUCUGCGGCAUCUUUCGCUCAGAUUACCAUGAACCCUCGGCACUUCACCCACUUCUCCGCCUCCGGUGGCCAGCGUCAUCAUGCUGCAGGUGGCAGGAUGGACAGGGACGACCGAAGUACCACUCUGGAGAUGGAGCAUGAGCUCUGUGAGACGGGGAAGCGGGAGAAGGUUCACAGGCUGGGACAAGAAAUGGUGAAGAAAGAGAAAACCUCAGGGAUCCACAAAGAGCCUAGACAGAGAACUGUUAUGAUUCAAGAAGACCCUCACCUUAGAAAUGAGGUAGUAGAGGAGACAGAGAGCUUGUAUGAUACUGAAAAGUUGGUUUUGGGAAAAAAGGCAUCAAAGAAACAUAAAAUUAAGUGAGAGAGAUGAUCCCAAAGGAGAUGCUGUAGGACCAAGUGAGGGAAUGUGCCUGAAGACUAAAAUAAGCCUCAAAGAGAGGAAACGAUUAAAAAACAUUAUUACUUUGUCAAACUGUACUUUCAUUUUUAUAUACUGCAGUUACUUGCAGUGGUGUUAAAGGCUAUUUUCUUUUGCACAUUUUAGAUGACCAUUUUGGACACACUUUUAUAAGAUUCCAACAAUCUCAAAACACUCAAUUCUUGCUUGUCUACUGCAAGAACCAUGACACAGUACUCUGAGUAUAUAUUUCUAAAUUUCAGUUUUAAUACUCCUUUUAGAUGUCUGUAAAUCUAGUUUUUGAUUCUUCAAUGGUCUGUGGUGACAGCAUUUUCCUUUGUGUACAAGUAGUUGUCAAUUUUUUCUGGUGUUUGUGACAAGUUUUACCUUAUACUUUUAUAAUUAAGUUUCUAAUGAUAUUUGUAAUAGAAAAUACUUUUUUGUGAGUUACAAUUGUGUGUUGAAUUUUAUAUCAUUUGGAUUUAUAUAUAUAUUUCACUCAGGCUUAUAUUUUUAGAGAUCUAUGCACCGGACACUCACUGCCUGAAGAAUAGAUGAUUCUUAAUUUUUGACAAUGAAAACCAUAUAUUUAGUAAUUAUUGUGACUGUUGAAAUGUGCUGUUGCUUUAAACAGGGUGCUGUUUAUUAACAUGUGCUGCAAAUAUGUAAACUUGUGAAUUUAUUUUUCCCCUUCCUUUUACUAUAGAAAAUUUAUAAAGCUGGAAAAUAUGUUAUACACAUCAAAGUGUGGUGAGAAGUGCACUAACGGUCCAGAAUGACCCUGUACAAUAAUGAACACAUUUUAAAAAUAAAAUCCUUUAUGUUUGAAGUU